AUGCUAUCCCAAGGCGACCAGAUACUGGACCAGCUGCGACAGUACGACGUGCGCAAGAACCUCCAGCGCACGCAGUCGGACCUCGUUGGCGAGUUUGCCGACGACGAGCUUGCCGGAAACAUGGGCCGUGCCGCAAUCGAGGACCUCCAGGAGAUGACUCGACGUCACGCCUACACAGCGCUCAAGAUCAAGGACGACCGGCCGCGGUACGUGCCGCCGAUCAACUUCGCCACGGUCGAGUCGGACUUGUACCGGUCGGGCCAUCCGCAGCCCAUCAACUUUGAGUUUCUGGACACAUUGAAUUUGAAGACGAUUAUCUACAUCGGGGACAAGACGGACAAUUACGACUACUACAAGUGGAUAGCCGGCCAUGCGGGCGACAGGACGAUCAGUUUCCGGUUUUUCAAGAUGAAGCCGCCCUCGACGUUCGGGACGUCGCACAUGUUCAACGACGAGGUGGCCCUGAACACGGUGCUGAACCUCGUGGCCAACAGGGAGAACUACCCGAUCCUGAUCCACUCGAACAAGGGGAAACAUAGAGUGGGGGUACUUGUAGGAUUAAUCCGGAAAUUUUUGCAAGGGUGGAGUCUGAGCGGGACUUUUGACGAGUACGCCAAGUUUGCGCGUGAAAAGGGCGAGGGCGACCUCGAGUUCAUCGAGACGUUCAAGCCUAUCAUCAAGAUCGACCCGGAGCGCAGGCCAGAGUUUGUGCGGUGCGACUAGAGAAAACAUGCAUUGCUAAGUCUAUGAACUGUUGCUAUCUUCGUUCUUCUUUUCUGGAGGCUGGUCGGAAAGCGACUCCUGGGCCUCCUCGCGCACAAGCUCACCGUUGACCGGAGUCAGCUUGCUGAGGUUGAGGUCGAAGAAGUUGCGUCUCACCUCGACGUAGUCGUACGCAAACUCGCCGAUCUGGUCCUCGUCCAUUCCAUUUUGUUCUCCCUCCUCGCUCGCGCGCAUCUUGAGCCCGGGAACACGGUUCAACACGAAGCAGAUGAUCGUUGUCACCGUCACGCAGUAUCCGGUCACGGCCCCCACGUAAGCCAGCUGCUUGUACAUCUGUUUCCAGUUCUGGUCGUACCAGCCGCCCGGAUGGUCUGUGUAUCCGUCGUAUCCAAUCACUUCCGACGACGCGAAGAACGCAUUUCCGACAAUCAGUCCCAGAACGCCCGCAACACCGUGCUCGGCCAUCACAUCCAGACUGUCGUCCACUUUAAGCCACACCUUGAGCUUGGUCGAGUAGUUGCACACGACUCCGGUAACCACCCCCAAAACCACCGACGCCCACAGUGGUAUGCAACCCGAUGAAGGCGUUGCGGCCACGAGGCCGGAAAUGAUGCCAGAACACAACCCCACCGUCGAGAAGUGGUGGUUGAUCCGGAAAUCUAGCAGACACCAGGUGAUUCCUCCAAAAGCAGCGCACAGGUUGGAGUUCAUGAUGGCGUAUAUCGACUUGUACGAAGGCUUGAUGCACGUGAGCCCGUUGAAGCCCAGCCAUCCGAACCACAGCAUCGCCGUGCCGAUGGUGAUCAGCGACACGUUGUGCGGUCUGUAAUUGACCAUUAAAUGCUGUCUUCUCUCGCCGAGGAAGUAAGACACCACGAAGCCGCCGAAUCCGGACAGAAUCUCCACAGGGCCGCCACCUGCGUAAUCCAGCACCCCCCAGUCCAAAGCCCAGCCGUCAGGACCCCAGACCCAAUACGCCACGGGACAGUAUACUAGAGUGAGCCAGAAAAACGAGAAAACCAUGGCCGGAAGCACGCGGCCGCGCUCGCAGACAGAUCCCAGCAAAAUGCAAAUGGUGAUGGUGGAAAACAUGCCCUGGAAGUUGGCAAAGGCCAUCUCUGGGUAGCCUUUCUCGUCGUCUCCAAGGGUGGUCAAAACGCCGAGAUUUUGGUAUCCAAAGUUGUGCAAAUUGCCGAUGAAUUUGUUGCUGGCAGAGGAAGAGAAUGCCAACGAAUAUCCCCAGAAAUACCACUGGAAUUGGGCAAUGCAAAUGGCUGCGAAGGUGAUGAAGAUCAUGUGCAAAGCCGAUUUUCUCCUGGCAAGGCCAGAGUAGAGGUAGGCCAGACCGAAGCACAUGACGAGAACGAGACAUGUGCCCGUAAUGAGGGUGAUCACGGUGGCACCGUCGUACAGAUUGGCGUCUUCCCAAACCGCUCGAGGAAGUAGUUGAAGCAUCGAGAAAUGAAAGAAAUUCGGAAAGACCAAAAAUUUUUGACCGCUAAAAAAACAAUAGCCGCACGAGAGACACUGAUAAAACUAGAGUGGAUGGCAGAGGAAGGGAACAGGGAUUGGCAGAGGAGCUCUGGCACAUACUGCGCAAAGACAGGGCUACAACAACACUACCUGUGGCGUCGCUGCUCCCCUGAGACGACUAGAGACCCUCGAUUCGUGGUUCCUUUCAGAGUCGUGCCGCAUAUAUAUGAUGAAAAAGAAACGAGAUUACGCAAGUGCAACAAUGUAUGGUGCGAGGAGUCGAUGCUGUCCAGCAAACGUGAUGCUGGUCAUGUGAGCAAGAACUCUGUGGAAAAACACAAAAAUAUUUGAAAAUAAUAAAAAUUGGAAAU